AUGAGAGAGCCGAGUACUCGUCCCUCAAGAGGCUUAACUAAUAUGCAAGGAGGCAACCGCUCAAACGGUUAUAGCAAUAAUCAUACAUAUCAACAGCUAGAAACGGAUGAAAACCAAGCGAAUCGGAAAGAAAAAUAUCAACAAGGCGAAAGUAAUUCUUCCGCAGAAAGACGAGAUAAUAACGAAGAGGAGGAUGAUGAUGCAGAGAGUUAUGAUGAAAUUACAGACCAAGAUUUAAAUGAUUCACAGCCCAUUACUUUCUUUCUCAUUCUAAAAUCAUUCUUGACGAUGCCUAAACCAUUACUAUUACUAUGCAUCACUCAAUUCUUUGGUUGGUCUGCGUUUGUUAGCUAUCAAUUAUUUUUUACUCAAUAUGUUGGCCAAAUAUUUCGUAUUGUUUACAUUCUGAGCCAGUUUACAUUUGCAGUUGCUAUGGUCAUUAUUGGUAGUGUAGCCAAUACUUCCGCCGUUUUAGUUUUAUCGGCACUGUCAGGAUUACACUUGGCAGCUUUAAUUUCUUUACCCUUUAUGUUGGUCUCAAGCUAUCAAAACUCUGUCAAUGCUAAG